AUGCCCACCAAGUCCAAUAUUCAUCUCUAUACCGCUGGCACCCCCAAUGGCUACAAAGUGAGCAUCCUGCUCGAGGAGCUCGGUCUAGAGUACAAGGUGCGGGGUGAGCCAUGGUUCCUUGAAAUCAACCCCAACGGUAGGAUCCCGGCCAUCACGGAUACCUUUGACGAUGGAGAGCCGAUUCGUAUUUUCGAGAGCGGUUCCAUCCUGCAGUAUCUCGUUGAUCGGUACGAUAAGGACCACAAAGUAUCCUAUCCUUAUGGAUCCCGGGAAUACUGGGAGGUGAACAACUGGCUCCACUGGCAAAUGGGCGGCUUGGGCCCAAUGCAAGGACAAGCCAACCACUUUAAGAGGUAUGCUCCGGAGCAAAUACAAUACGGCAUUGACCGAUACACCAACGAGACCCGCCGCCUGUAUCGCGUGCUCGAGACUCAGCUUGAGAAGUCCACCUCGGGCUUCCUUGUUGGAGACAGGCUCACCAUCGCCGACAUCUCCAGCGUUGGUUGGGUCAAUUCUCAUGCCUGGGCGGGUGUCCCCUUGGAUGAGUUCCCCAAGCUAGCACAGUGGCUCGAAAACCUCAAGGCCCGAGAGGGUGUAAAGAAGGGCUUCGAUGUCCCUGAGCCGAGGAACACCAAACCGCUCACUGACGCCGAAAUCGAAAAGAUUGCGGCGGAAGCGAGGGCCUGGGUACAGCAGGGUAUGGCCGAGGACGCGAAGAAGUAG